AUGUCAUCUGUUAAAAAUAAUAACAAAAAUAUUUUAAACGCACAAUUUCCAUUUCCUAUUAACGACCAAAACACUUUAAUAAAAAUUCCAUUUCCACCAUCUAUCAGAGAAGAUGAGAUUGUACAAUUACAUUUAGACAAUGGAAUUAAGAGCGUUAAUCAAACUAUGAACGCGUAUAUGAUUUAUCGAAAAGAAUUUAAUAAUAUAAUUAAAAAUUAUAAUCUUGAACUUAAACAUAUAUCUAAAUAUUCUAGUAUUUCUUGGAAACAAGAACCACAAUACGUGAAAAAAUAUUACAAGCAGUUAUCUAAAAAGGUUAAAGAACUUUUUAAAGAAAAGGUCUCUUCUCUUUGUUUCAUCCACAGUAAGCAAGUACCUAGUACAAAUGAUAACAGUGUCUCUUUAGACACCUUUAAUUCUCCAUUUCCCAAUAUGAAUCAAAACUUUCCUUCAACUCUUGACGAUCAAAACUUCACAUAUGCUAACUACUCUAAUUAUUCAAUUCCUAAUAUGAAUCCUCUUGUAUCUGAUAAUUUUGAAAAUUCUCAUCAUGCAUAUAUGACUAUGAAUGAUGAUGAACUUAUGAAUUAUAUUUCCGAAGAUUUAGCCUUAACCUAUAGAGCAAUCAUUCAAUCAUUACCGUGA